AGGCAAAAUAAUUUCCAAAACAAAUAUGUCACAGACACAGUGAACUUUUUUACUUUUAUUGUAAAAAAAUCAAAACGACAUAGCUGUAAUAUUUAAAAAACAUCACACAACCUAAAAAAGUGUAUCCUUGCUCAGAUAAAAUAACCAUUCCAUUGAUUUAGUGUUAGGUCUAAUAGAAUGAAGUCAUCGCACUUCGGUUAUCAUAAAACAAACUGAACAGUUCGGUUACAGUGAUAAUAAGUAUUUCUUGAGAUAAAGUCGUGUUUCUGGAGCUUCAAAAAUGAAGUUCGCUGAACAUUUAAGUGCCCACAUAACACCGGAGUGGAGAAAGCAGUAUAUCAAUUAUGAGGAAAUGAAAGCAAUGCUGUAUAAGACGGUGGAGGAGGCGCCAUCAGCCGAGAACGUCGAACCGGAAGUGCUGUCGCGACACUUCGCCAACUUCGACGAAACCUUCUUCCAUUAUUGUGACCAGGAGCUUAAGAAAAUUAACACAUUCUAUUCAGAAAAACUAGCUGAAGCCACACGAAAAUUUGCAACGCUACAGAGCGAGUUGAAAUCACAGUUCGACACUAUAAAACCCAAAGGUGGAGGGGACAGCAAAAAGGCCAUCCCUCGCCGAAAGGUCCAGGAGCUGAAGCUUGCAUUCAGCGAGUUCUACCUGAGCCUCAUACUGCUGCAGAACUACCAGAACUUGAACUACACUGGCUUUAGGAAGAUCUUGAAGAAACAUGAUAAGUUAUUAAACGUUAGUAACGGCGCCCAAUGGCGGGCGGAACACGUAGAAACGUCCCAUUUCUACACAAACAAAGACAUAGACCGGCUCAUAAGCGACACAGAGGCGACUGUCACUAAUGAGCUGGAAGGUGGGGAUAGGCAGAAGGCGAUGAAGAAGCUGCGAGUCCCCCCGCUAGGCGAGCAGCAGAGUCCUUGGACCACGUUCAAAGUCGGGCUGUUCAGCGGGUCAUUCAUCGUGCUGUUUAUAACUGUCGUUUUGUCUGCUCUCUUCCACGAGGGUGCGACAGAGAACUUCAAAACUGCCUUCAGAUUAUACCGGGGUCCGUUUCUGCUAGUCGAAUUCAUUUUCCUUAUAGGCAUAAACGUAUACGGCUGGCGGUCGUCGGGGGUCAAUCACGUACUUAUAUUCGAAUUGGACCCGAGAAACCACCUAUCCGAACAACAUUUGAUGGAGUUAGCAGCGAUUUUCGGUGUAGUCUGGGCACUCAGUAUAUUGAGCUUCAUAUACAGUGCGAGUUUGAGUAUACCGCCGUUCGUAAAUCCCUUGGCUUUGGUCAUAAUCAUGAUGGGAUUUCUGCUCAAUCCGCUGAAGGUUUUUAGGCACGAAGCGCGGUUUUGGUUCUUGAGAAUCUGUGGCCGCAUCCUAGCCGCUCCAUUCAUGCCGGUGUUGUUCGCGGACUUCUGGCUGGCGGACCAGUGGAACUCGUUCGCGGCCGCCUUCUUGGACUUCCACUAUCUGCUCGCCUUCUACGUCGCUGGGGGAGACUGGUUCAAUGUUGAUAACACCUUCGAACGCGAGAAAUGGUUCAUAAUAACCCGCGCUGUAGUGAACAUAGUACCGGCCUGGGGCAGGUUCUGGCAAUGCCUGCGUCGGUACAGGGACAGUAGGGAGGCGUUCCCGCAUCUCGUGAACGCUGGCAAGUACUCCACCACCUUCUUCGUGGUGCUGUUUAGUACCCUCAGAACCAUUUAUAGUGUAAAGUACACGGACCCGUACAACAACCCGUUCCUGUACGCGUGGUUCGCGUGCCAACUCGUGUCGUCCCUGUACACUUACACCUGGGACGUCAAGAUGGACUGGGGGCUCUUCACCGUGGGCCCCUCAGCCGAGAACAAGUUCCUGAGGGAGGAGAUUGUAUAUAGUCCCGGAUUCUACUACUUCGCGAUCGUGGAAGAUUUCGUCCUCCGCUUCAUCUGGACCAUAUCGUUCGUGCUGACCGAGAACGGGUGCGUCAACGCGGAGACCAUGACUUCCAUUCUUGCACCAUUAGAAGUUUUCAGACGAUUCAUCUGGAACUUCUUCCGCCUGGAGAACGAGCACCUGAACAACUGCGGUAAAUUCCGCGCCGUCCGCGACAUUUCGGUGGCGCCACUGGACUCCUCAGAUCAGGCGGAUAUUAUUCGAAUGAUGGACCAUCCCGACGGAGUCGUCAAUAGGCUUACAAAGAAGAAGAACGCGAAGAAGAUAAAGGAGAGCGACAAGAAGCCGCUGCUAAAGAAGGAAUCUAUACAAGAGCUGCAACUGGAAUUAGAGCUGUCUUCUAAGAUGCUGUGAUACUAUGUAUAAGAGUUAUAUAGUUGUUAUACCGCGUAUUAAUAAGUAUUAUAUUUUUUAAUAUAUAUAUGGGAAGAUAUCA